UAUAUACAUAAGUAUUAACUGUUUCUGUAUAUUAUGUUAUUUACUCUCAAAUACUACAGUAAUAACGCGGUGUUCGUUGGUGAAAAUGGAUCGUUGGGUAGAAAAAGUAGCCGUCGUAACUGGAGCCAGUGCUGGAAUAGGGGCGGCGAUAGCCGAAGCACUAGUCAAAGAAGGUCUAAUUGUCGCUGGAUUUGCUAGAAGAACAGACAGAGUCGAAAAACUAGCUAAAAAAUUACAAGACGCUAAUGCUAAGGGAAAACUGCAUGCGGUCAAAGUGGACAUGACGAAGGAAAACGAAAUAAUCGACGGGUUCAAUUGGGUUAAAAAAAAUCUGGGGCCAAUACACGUCCUUGUAAAUAAUGCAGGGGUUGCGAGAUUCGAUGCAUUAAUCGAUAGUGAUACACAGAAAUGGAGGGACAUAUUUGACACGAACGUGAUAGGAUUGAGUAUAGCAACAAGGGAAGCUGUUAAAGACAUGAGAGCUAACAAUGUAGACGGUCAUAUCAUUCACAUUAACAGUAUUGUUGGUCAUCAGGUGUUAAACUUUCAAGGAAUCAACGCUUAUCCUGCCAGCAAGCAUGCUAUUACAGCCCUAAGUGAAACUUUGAGGCACGAAUUUAUCCAAAAUAAAUUAAAAAUUAAAAUAACAAGUAUAAGCCCAGGUUACGUGAUAAGCGAUUUUCGUGAAGCAAGUGGUAUUAAAAUUGAUCCUGACUCCUCUUUGCUCGAUGCAGAAGGAUUAAAUCCUGAAGAUGUAGCAAACAGCGUUUUGUACGUUCUGGGCACUCCUCCUCACGUGCAAAUCCAAGAAUUGACUAUUCGCCCGGUUGGUGAUCAGUACUGAUUAAUCCCGUUCUCGACGUUAAUUUAAUGACAAGUAUCACCGUGAAACAUAAUACUUUUGUUACAUAUAUGUAUAUUAUUUAU